UCCUCCCCACCCCCCUCCUCCGUCUCUUCCCAGCAGCAAAUGCCGAUCGGUUCAACUUCUCAUUGGCACAAGAUCUCUGUGUGUACCCCCGGCUGCGGGCCGGACCGCCGUCUCCGCCCAAAGACGGGAGCGGCGGCCGCGAACAAGCUGCAUCCACUGAGGAGCAUCGGCCGCCGAGCAACCAGGGAGGAGGAGGAGAGGGGAGGGAGGAGGAAGAAGAGGCGGCGGGAGGCAGGCGUUGGGGAGCCCGGGCUCCGAGGCUUUGCUGCGGCUCGAACCGUGGGACAGGGGCGCUGGCAGCGCGAGCAGGUACCCCCGCCCCCCGGACAGCCCGUACGCUCUACUCGAAGCUUCUCGGACACGAUCGAGAUCCCGAUCGGGACUCGGUGGCAACACCACGAACUCGCCUCACUGCAGUCAGCCGGGGGCAGGAGGCCUCCAGCUACAGCAGCCGCUCCAAGCCGGCUGUCAAAGUCGCGGCAAGAACCUAGCUCUGGGGCACGGGGCCAUGGACACAGCCACAGGAGUCUCCCGGCCAGCAGGUGGCAUGGCUUCUUCCUUUCCCUAUCACCAAAGUUCACGUGACCCUCCUUUCAAUGAAGACAGUGAUAAGAGUGAAGAAAGCCCAAGUCCUAAGCGCCAACGCCUUUCUCAUUCGUUUUUUGAAUAUACAGCGGCAUCUCCUGCCCCAUCGCCACCAAUGCGACCAUGGGAGAUGACAUCCAAUAGGCGACCUCCCUCAGCUCGACCAAAUCAACAUCAUUUCUCAGGGGAAAGAUGCAAUACACCUGCACGAAACAGAAGAAGUCCUCCUGUUAGGCGUCAACGUGGGAGACGAGAAAGACUGACUAGACAUAGUUCUGUGAGCCAAGACGAAAACUACCACCAUCAUCCUUAUGGACAACAGCCAGCUGCAGAGGAGCCCAGAGCAUUUCACCCUCCGAAUGUAUCUCCUCGCAUGCUCCACCCCGCCGCACACCCUCCACAGCAGAAUGCUGUGGUGGUUGACAUCCAUGAGCAGAUUCAUCAGGGCACGGUGCCGGUCUCGUAUACUGUUACUACUGUAGCACCACAUGGGAUCCCACUUUGCACAGGACAACACAUCCCAGCAUGUAACACACAACAAGUUCCAGGGUGCUCAGUCGUAUUUAGUGGGCAGCAUUAUCCUGUGUGCAGUGUACCACCUCCGAUGCUCCAAGCAUGCUCUGUACAACAUUUGCCAGUUUCAUAUGCUGCAUUUCCUCCUCUUAUCUCAAGUGAUCCCUUUAUAUUGCACCCUCCACAUCUGUCGCCCCACCAUCAUCCACACGUGCCACCCCCGGGCCAGUUUGUUCCUUUCCAAGCACAGCAGUCACGGUCGCCUUUACAAAGGAUAGAGAAUGAGGUCGAGUUACUGGGAGAACAUCUUCCUGUUGGUGGUUUUACUUAUCCUCCGUCACCACACCCGCCUACCCUUCCUCCUUCUGCACCACUCCAGUUCCUGCCACAUGAUCCUCUGCACCAAGAACUGCCCUUUGGAGUACCAUAUCCUCAUUUCAUGCCUCGAAGACUGACAGGACGCAGAUAUCGCUCGCAGCAGCCCUUACCACCUCCACCUUAUCACCCUAGCUUCUUGCCAUAUUUCCUAUCAAUGCUUCCAGUACCACCUACUGUGGGACCAGCUUUUAGUUUGGAAUUGGAUGUUGAGGACGGUGAAGUGGAAAAUUAUGAGGCACUUCUUAACCUGGCAGAAAGACUGGGAGAAGCCAAACCACGAGGACUUACAAAAGCAGACAUUGAACAACUUCCAUCCUAUAGGUUUAACCCUAACAACCACCAGUCAGAGCAGACUUUAUGCGUGGUGUGCAUGUGUGAUUUUGAGUUAAGACAAUUACUUAGAGUCUUACCCUGCAACCAUGAGUUCCAUGCCAAGUGUGUCGACAAGUGGCUGAAGGCAAAUCGUACAUGUCCAAUUUGUCGAGCUGAUGCUUCAGAAGUUCACCGUGAUUCAGAAUGAAACCAGUCUAAUAGCACAAAUUGGGUGUCCUUUGUUGCAUAUAAAUGAACUAUCCAUUGAACUUACCUAUUGUGGCUUCCAGCCUUCCCUUUACAUUAAGGGUCAUAAUGUGAUGCAGUCAUUUGACCUUCCUUUGCACUGUGUGAUUUAAUGACUUAUAAAGCUUAUAUAGUCUUCACAUUGAAACAAUUAUGGGAUUGUUAUACUAACAGUGUGAUUGGAACUCCAAAGAUUUUUUUUCAGCUUAAUUUGUGUGCACUAACAUUCCCUGGUUUUUGUGUGAUCAUUCCAGGUGUUGCUGCAGGAUUACAGUGGAUGUGAUCUUUUAGCAUGUGUGCUUUUUUAAUUUUUUAUAUAUAUAUAUAUAUAAACUAUAUAAUAUAUAUAGAUAUAUAUAUAUAUAAUAAAGGUAGUUAAACCGUUUUAGCAAUCUACCUUAUAGAGCCUUCAGGUACUGUGAGUGAGAGUGAUUGUAAGCGUGCAAGUACUUUAAUUACAUGUACUUUUUCAGACAAACUUAAGUACUGGCAUGAUGUGAGUUGUAUGUGUGUAGUCUUAAUUAUGCUGAAAUGUACAGCUGUGUUAUUUAUACAGUACUAGUACUGUACACUGGUUUCUUUCUUUUUGUUUGCAGUUGCACACUGUAUGCUAAGGGUGCAGCAAUUAUGAAUUUUUUUUCGGCCAGUUGCCCCUCAGUACUUUUUAAUGGCAGAUUAGAAAAAUGUAUAUUUAUAACACACCCACAAUUAAAUGAAUAUGGGUGGAAGAUUGUGCCGAGUUGUAAAACAGUGUAUUAUUACCCAGAGAACCAAACCAGUGAGUGGCUGAAAUACUUUGCUUAGCUGUCUUGUGAACAGUGAAUAGAGAUCAUAUAUAAGCAUAAUGACAGAGGUUUGAAAGCUGGGUGUGCUAUAAAAAUAUCAUGGCUAAAUAUUACUGGCCAGUCUAAUAAUGUGGGUCCUCAGGUGUGCAACAAAGUCCUGUAAGCACCUUAAAAUGUAACCUUAGCUGUUAAAUUGCUUUGCUACCUUGGAAAAUUGAAUUAUCUGCUUUAUACUUUGUUCUUAAUCUCCAUGUCAUGCACUGUUCUAACACGACAUUCAACUCAUUGUUGCUUUCUUUAAACAAUCUGGUUUGAACACAGCAGCACAAGCAGGCAUUCUACUCCAAAUUUUAAACCAGUCUUCAACUCCACUUUUUCAAUAGUAAUAUUUCUGAUCAAAUGUAUAUUUUCUCCAUAUAAUUUUCAAUUUUUUGGAUCUUUCACUGUGUAUUUUACAAUGCUGAUUUUCAUUGGAUUCAGUUAUUAUACUUAUUUUUCCACAUAUAUCUGCAAAUUAACCCCAAAAAAUUUACUCACACUUAUAAAAGGCCAAAUCACAGAACUAAGCACACAACCUUCUGUUUUAAAGUUUGCGGGAAAACACUGAACAGUUAUUCCUUUACCCUGAGCAGUUAUUAGAACAAAAACCUAUUAAUGGUAACAAGUACAAUAAUCAACAGUCUGAAGAGCUGUUCCUAGCAUGUAUUUGAUUCAAUUCUAAGCAAAUUUUGUAAAGCAAAUUACUUUUUUUAUAGUAUAGUAGGGAUUGAUUGCUGAAUAUAAACAUUUGGGGGGAAAAUGGAGGUGAUGCAGAUUUGCAUUAAAAAAUUAAAUUUCAUUUUUUUUCUUCCUCCAAAAUUGUAAUUACUCAGUGGUCAACUUUGAAUCUGUAUUGAUUAUUCUCGUAGACUUUUAACAUUUUGCUAGUAAAAUUGAAUCCAAUAUUUGAUUGCAAUCAUUGCUUCAAUCAGUUAGUUUGGAAACUGUCAUUAUAAGAUAUAACUUGUGACUUAUUGUAAUUAUUUAAUGGUCAAACCUACACCAGGUGAUUCAAUUGCUUUUGAUUAGGCUUGUUGAGAGAUUGUGAACCUAGUAUUGCCGCAGACCAGACCUGGCCUAUAACUGCUCGUUACUUAAACUGGGCACGGAACAGGAAUAAAUUUCUCACCAUCCUACCUAGUUAUUUUCCAUUUUAUAAGCAUGGUCUAAAAAACCCUAAAACUGAUGUUGAUUUCUGGCCUUUCACCUCAGUGGUAGUAAUAACUAAAUACAUACCGUGUCUGUGGAAAUAUGUUCUCUUCUCUACAUUUUUAUUAUGGUGUAAUAGUAUUAGAAUGUUAAAUUUCUUGUUUUAAAAUUGGAGUCAUUAGAAUUUCACAGAGAUGUUGAAAAGCCAAACACCAGGAAAAUUUAGCUUAGAUUUGAGUUUUUCGUUUUCAAUGUUCACCAAAUGUUACCAACCAGUGUUAAUUUUUCACACACUUGCUACUGAUCCUGAGUUGACGGCUGUUUAUCACAAGGUUUUUCCAGUGUUUCUGAAAGACUCACACUGAGAGGUUUGCCUAAGACAUUAAAAAUGCAGAAAUGGAUGCCCAUAUCAUCACUGUUUGGUUAUAUGUACAUAGUGAGCAUUUUUCAUCAUGACUUACUCAUCAAGCCUGAAUGCAAUGUUUGCAGCUUCUUAAAUGGAAACGAGAUGCAUGAAAAAGCAUAGCUGAAUAUUUUAAAUAUUGCACAAAGAAUUUGUAAAUUGUAACUAGUGUGACCUGAAUUUCAGAAUGUUUAAUAUAUUCUGGGCAAAUUGUUCUUAUUUAAAUUAUUUAUAGAACAUUUACUAAUCAUGAAAGAAAUUGGAGUUGCAAGUCUUUUAGAAAUACUGGAUUGUUACAAUGUUUUCUACAGUUUGUUAGCAUAGUAAUAUGGACACAAUUAAUUCUGAAUUUUAAAGUUAUGGGACUUUGUUGAAUUCAUUUAAGAAAAUUUAUAGCAUAGAUAAUGUUAUAUCUGUUCUUACAAUAUAGUUAUGGGAUACUCAUUGAAAGAGCUUGUAUGCUUCUUAAAAACUAAGUUGAAGUUAGAGCUUUCAGUUAUCAAUGAUUUACCUCCAUUUCUGUGACUGUUCCCUGUAGCACCAAAUAAAAACAACUCGCACCUUCCCCAUGACAUCACGUUGCAUUAGAAUGACAUUUCUAGUAACCAUGCAUCAUAGAAGGCAGAAUAUACAUAGGCAUUGUAUGACCUUUUUUUCACUGCAAUACUACUAGCACCGAAAAUGUUUCAAAGCAGCUGUAAAUCAGUCCUUAUGCUUAAUGUACUACAGCUAUAAUGUUGAGACUGAGAUGCACACACAGUAUUACCUGGAUGUUAAUAUUUAGAUAAAGUAGUGCUGCCUAAUUUGGUAAAUACACAUGGCUCUUAUUCACGAAAAGGUUAAUUAUCAUUGUGUCAUUAUAAUUUAAGAAUUCCAAUUUGAAAAUAAAAUUAAAGUGAGGCAAGAUUGGAGUUCUUUUUUAAAUUAUGUUUGGGGGAGGAAUAGCUGUCAUAUAACUUAGUUGAAUGAUGUAAAUUGGGGCCUGGGAGGAGGAACAGUGACAGUUAGGUCUGGUUAUUGGCAAAGUUAAUUGUUGCACUCUUAAUGCUUAACCACUUCUGAAAUGUUUCUUGUGUUGUUUGCAUGGAGACUCUAGAGCAGAUGUGUGCAGACCUUGCUUUCUGUGGUCAGUGUGUAAUAAGCACAUGUGCAUGUGUAUCAAAGCAGUCCGUACUGGCCGUGGCUGCUUCUGCCCUGCUGGGGCUGUUUGGGUAGAAAUGGGGAUUCAUGCUGAGCUAUUACUGCCAUAAACUGUAAUGUGCAUUUAUGUAUUUAAUCCCACAGUCUGUAUGAUGCAAGAGAAACAACAACAUACAGUAAGAUUUGUUGUGUCUUGGCCAACCCCAUAAGUAUUGAGUUUACCGAUUGUGUCCCGCUUAACGUUUUGUGUUUUGCAUGAGUUUUUGGUGGAUAGUUUCAAACUUAUGUUAAUUGUAAACAAAAAUCACUAAGACCUAGUGAUAGCCCAGGUUCUAGUCAAUAUUUUGAGAAGCCAAGAGUGUUAACACUAGACUGCUCAAGUUUGAAAAUGUUUGCCAUACUGAUCCACUCUUUUAAAGUUUUGUUCUGAAUACAGCAUUGUUUGCUGCAAUGUCUUAACACUGUCAUAUUGAAUUCCAGAAUGCUAGUAUUUCAGCAGCAGUCUAAACUUUGAGGAGAAGCAAAUUCUGAAGCACAUACAAUCUGGGUCAUCUUUAGGUCUUAAUGGAUAUUUUAGAGUGGGAUUUUUCUUUGGUACAUAUACAGUUACCUCAUUUUGCCACUAAAUUGUAUUUAAAAAUUGUUAACGAAUCAGAAAAAAAGCAAAUUAAUUCUGUUGGCAUCAUUUCUAAGCGUUUCAUUAAAUCAUAUGCGCAUUGUAUCAUUUAACAUGACAAGUAGUUUUCAAUGUUGUAUUAUAAAUCUAUCUGUAACCAAAUCAUUUGAAGGCUUGAUAAAUUUUUAACAAAAUUUGUACAUUUUUUAUGAAAGUUACUAGUAAUGCUUUACUAAGUAGUGCAAUGAAUUUUUAUUUUUAAUCCCUGUGCCCAAUUUUGGAGUUGAGAGGGUUGUUCAUUAAUAAAUGUAUGACGUAUA